UCUAACAGGGUGUGAAGAGAUGCAAAACCAGAGAGGCCAUGCUCAUGUCUUGGUGGUCACCUACCCUGCACAAGGCCACAUCAAUCCUCUCCUCCAGUUCGCUAAACGUUUAACCUCCAAAGGAGUGAAGACCACCGUAGCCACCACCCCUUACACCAUCGACUCCGUCAACGUAGACACUGCGAUAGCCGUGGAGCCAAUCUCUGAUGGCUUCGAUGAAGGAGGGUUCAACCAAGCUCCAACUCUAGAAGCCUACUUGGACUCCUUCAAAACUGCCGGCUCUAAAACUUUGGCAGAGCUGAUAAUUAAGCUCAACAACUCCGGGACGCCCGUCUGUUGUGUUGUGUAUGAUUCGUUGCUUUCUUGGGCUCUCGGUGUAGCCAAGGGAUUCGGCAUCCCUGCGGCUAUAAUGUUGACGAACUCGGCUACGGUGUGCUCGUUUUAUUGGCAAAUCGAUCGAGGAGGCUUGACUUUGCCUGUGGAACAAGAAACCUUAGCAGCCCCGAUGGUGCCUGGCUUGCCGUCCCUCGACAUCGCUGAUCUGCCGAGUUUUCUUGCCCAGCCGACGAAUCAAUCUGCUUAUUUAGCACUGAUCUUGGACAAACUUGGCACCCUGGAUGAAAAUGAUUGGGUUUUCUGUAACUCCUUUGAUGACCUCGAAAGUGCGCUUGUCGAGGCUCUGGCGGCGGAGUGGCCCGUGGUAACGAUCGGUCCCAUGGUGCCAUCAUUCUACUUGGAUCGUCGAAUCGAAGGAGAUACAAGCUAUGGGGCUAGCCUGUGGAACCAUGGUAACGAUCAGUGCCUCAAAUGGCUGGACUCAAAGCCAUUAAAGUCGGUGGUGUAUGUAUCAUUUGGAAGCAUGGCUUGCAUUUCAACCGAUCAAUUUCAGGAAGUAGCGUGGGGCUUGAAAGCAAGCAAUAUGCCCUUCUUGUGGGUAGCAAAGGAAUUCAAAGACCACCGGUUGCUCGAGCUCGUUGACUCGAUCGGAGAAACAGGGCUAAUUGUUACAUGGUGCAACCAACUAGAGGUGUUGGCUCACCAAGCAGUGGGCUGCUUCGUUACGCAUUGCGGAUGGAACUCGACUCUGGAAGGUCUGAGCCUAGGCGUCCCGAUGGUGGGUGUGCCUCAGUGGAGUGACCAGCCGACUAAUGCCAAGUUCAUAGCGGAUGUAUGGAAGGUAGGUGUGAGAGCUAAACGAGACGGCGGGAUCGUCACGAGGGAAGAACUCGGGAAGUGUUUAACGGAAGUGAUGUCCGGAGAAAGAAGCGGAGAGAUUAAGAGUAACGCAUCGAGGUGGAGGGAGCUUGCUAAAGAGGCUGUUAGUGCAGGUGGGAGCUCAGAUAAGAACAUUGAGGAGUUUAUUGCAAAGCUGCCAAAUCCUCAAGUGUAAGUGCUAAAGAGAAGAAAGCAUGGUUC